CUCGGUUGCGUCAUUGUUAUUGUGCGUUGCUCGGAAGACGCUCCAGCUGGUCGACUCUCGUUAGAUAUUUCGCCACCUCUUUUAUUUUUGACACAUUUCAACUUUUUUGUUCAACGCUUAAAACGAAAGAGGAGUCCAAGUGGCGCCAUGUCGAUACCAAACGACGCUUCUUCCUUGGAGGAGAGUUUGCAAGGUACGUGGGUGGAGUCACACUUCAGUGCUGCAGCCUCACAAAGCAACAGUCACCACGGAAGCCAGGAGCUCGUAAUGCCCACGUCCACGCAGCAGGAUGACGUGGAGAACAUGCUGCUGGAUGCCCAACGCGAGUCCGGCAGGAGCAGCUCAGGCGGAAGCUCGCAAUGCAACAGCCCACGCAGAGCACUGACCCCCCUUGUAUGGAGAGGCUCUGGGGGAAGCAGCUUGCAGUCAGAAGAGGACCUUCAGGAACGAAGACAGGAAGUGGAGGUGAUGAUGAAAAAAAACGCGGACUGGUGCAGUCGACCCGAGAACAAUCCGCCAAAGGAGUUCCUGCUCAAACACCCCAAGCGCUCCACCCCGCUCAGCAUGCGCAACAGCAGCGUCAUGAAGAAGGGCGGCGUCCUCUCGCCCGACUUCCUACAGCUCUUCCUGCCCUCCUUAAUCAUCUCGCACAUACUCGCAAUCGGCCUCGGGUAAGAUUCGUUAGGGUUCGGGUUUCAAGUCAUUUGGCCCACUGUCUUUAUUUUCAGGAUAUACAUCGGGAAGCGCCUGGCCUCCCAUCACACCUUGUGAGAAGCCUUGCGUUCGGACCUCCAUGAGACAUCGGCAUGCCUUUAACUGAAAAGAACCACUGUGAAAAACCAAGCGAUUGUGAGCCAUAUGAGGGAAACGCCGGCCCCUCUUACACUCAGACCUCUCCUGCCUUUCUGCUGUUUCCUCCAGCUUGUUUUAAGAUCCGUUCUACGCGUUUGCUUUGAACCACUUGGUCAGACUUGGUAAAAUGUUUAUAUUUGUAUCCAAGGGAUCAUUAGCAUACUGUGAUUACUUCAAUAUAAAUUGUGUUUUGAUAUUUGUAAUAUCAAAUGUGAUGCACAAAUAUGCAGUGGGGGCCAUUUUACUAAAAGUCAUUCAACUUUCUUUGCCAAGUACAGUCAGGGCAUGCUGGUGGCUAGCUGCAAUAAUUUUAACUCCUAAAGCACCCACAAGUUUGACUUUGCAUGUUGCUUACCUUAACUUGAAUCCCUUGUUGCAUGUAAGGUACAAUCCAGGUGGAAUAAAAUGCACCAUCCUAAAAUCUUCACCAGCUGUUUUAUUUGAUGCUUUGGCCAUCUUCUUCUAUCUUUUAGUGCUUGGUAAACAAAUUGGUGCACUGCUGCCACCUUCUGAAAUGGAGUGUGGGGCAUGCAGCCUAAACCUAUUCCCAAAAAUAAGAACAGAAAUUUAAAAAUGAACGGUGCCCACCUCUGCAAAUAUUAUCGGUUAAUAAAAAUUGAAAACACA